UACUCAAAAGUCCAGUGAGUGUGUAUUUUGAUUUAAAUGUUUGUAACCGUUAGUGUCCGUUAGACUCAACAUUACAUUACCAGUGCCUGUGUGUGUAACUGCAGUCCUGAGGCGGCUCAUAACAGCAAAACAAAUGGGUCAGAUCAAUGCUAAACUAGCCAGGUUGACCAUCAAGCAGCGGCCAGCUGAGGAAGAGUAUCCAGACCUCACACAGCACAAUAAUUAUAUGGCCAAGUACCUCACUCUGGACAUGUACAAGCGCCUCUGUCAGCGCUGCACACCCAACGGCUACACCAUAGAUAACGUCAUUCAGACUGGAGUAGAUAAUCCUGGCCACCCCUUCAUUAAGACUGUGGGUUGUGUGGCUGGGGAUGAGGAGACCUAUGAGGUGUUCAAGGAGCUGCUGGACCCUGUUAUUCAGGACAGACAUGGAGGAUACAAACCCACAGACAAACACAAGACCGACCUCAACCCCAGUAACCUCAAGGGCGGUGAUGAUCUGGAUGCCAAUUACGUGCUGAGCUCUCGUGUUAGAACAGGCAGGAGUAUCCGUGGAUUCUGCCUGCCGCCCCACUGCAGUCGUGGAGAGAGAAGAGCUGUUGAGAACCUCUCUGUGGAUGCUCUAGGUGCUCUGACUGGGGAUCUCAAAGGAAAAUACUACGCCCUGAAAAACAUGACAGAGGCUGAGCAGCAGCAGCUCAUCGAUGACCAUUUCCUGUUUGACAAGCCUGUGUCUCCGCUGCUGCUGGCCUCAGGGAUGGCUCGUGAUUGGCCUGACGCCAGGGGCAUCUGGCACAAUGAUAACAAGACAUUCCUUGUGUGGGUGAAUGAGGAGGACCACCUGCGCGUCAUCUCCAUGCAGAAAGGUGGCAACAUGAAGGAGGUCUUCACCCGUUUCUGCACAGGUCUCUCUAAGAUUGAGGAGUUGUUCAAAAACAAGGGACACGUGUUCAUGUGGAACGAGCAUCUUGGCUACGUCCUCACCUGCCCAUCCAACCUGGGCACAGGCCUGCGCGCAGGAGUGCACGUCAAACUCCCUAAUCUCAGCAAAUACCGCCAGUUUGAGGAGAUCCUCAAGAGACUGAGACUGCAGAAACGUGGAACAGGUGGUGUAGAUACUGCGGCUGUGGGUGGUGUUUUUGACAUCUCCAACGCUGACCGCCUGGGCUUCUCUGAGGUGGAGCUGAUGCAGAUGGUGGUGGAUGGAGUCAAACUCCUGAUAGAGAUGGAGAAACGGCUAGAGAAAGGCCAGGCCAUUGAGGACCUCAUGCCUGCCCAAAAGUAGACUCGCUUCAAAACCUCACUUCCCUCUCCUGUUCCCCUCACCUUUGUUUACUGAAUGUUUUUGACUUGUUCUUAGACAUUAUUUAUUUAAGGGUCCUUUUGUCUCUGUUUUUGUUACACUUACAGAUGUCACAGGGCAACAUAUGGAUGAGAAUGUCUGAGAAUAAAAUUUGGUCCAUGUUGA